AUGGUCCAAGCUAUUCUUGAGACAAUCCCCGGUCGAUAUCGCGGACCGGGCGGUGCCGUUGCAGUCUUGCGUAAAGGCGAAGUGGUCGGCAAGCAUGUAUGGGGCUACGCCAAUCUCGAGAAGCGAGUUCCGAUGAACGAUUCGACGCUCAUGCCUAUUUGCUCCAUCACGAAGCAGAUGCUAUGCAUGAUACUUGAAGAUGUCCAGCGCAAUCCAACCCCAAAGAUGAUAUCUUGCGGUGAUGCUCGCCAGCAAUUGAACGACGGCCUGAGGGAAAUGAUUCCCAUAGAGAUCCUCGACCACACCGGACUGACAAUUGAGGAUCUUUGCAACAAUCAAUCAGGCAUUCGCGACUACUGGGCCAUGUCCAUGUUUUGGGGGACGCAUCCCGAGGGAAACUUUACGCUUGCUCACGAUGCGAAGAAAGCAUUGAGUCUGACCAAGUCGCUACAUUUUCAACCUGGAACUCAAUACGCAUAUUCCAAUUUGAAUUUCCACAUCCUUGCGCGGCUACUUGAGGAGGUCACGGGAUCGGCGUUUGGAGAUCUGCUUGUCGAAAGACUGUUCUCUCCCGCUCAAAUGAAGACUGCCAUCCUCUGUGAGGAUAAUGCCCGGCUGCCUGGGCCGUGCGUUGGCUAUGAAGGGAAUGAAACUUUUGGCUUCCUACCGGCGGUCAAUCGAGUCCAGUGGUCUGGCGAUGCGGGUGUUGUAGCCUCACUGAACGAUAUGAUCGCCUAUGAACAGUAUCUGGACCAAUCUUGGGAAGACGAACACAGCCUCUAUCGUGCGAUUGCAAAGGAGCCCCGUUUCAAGGACGGUACCCGGUCAAUGUACGGGAAUGGCCUUGCUCGUACCAAAUUUGGUGAUAUUGAUAUCAUCGGUCAUGGUGGUUCUCUUCGAGGAUACUGCCUUCAUCGACUUCAGGUUCCAUCUGAGCGAUUGGCUGUGGUAGUGAUGCUCAACCACGAGAUUGAUGCAGAGACUGUUGCGAUGGACAUUCUUGGCAGUGUCUUGAACAGGCCUUCUCCUAGUCUCGGCCAAGCCCAGCAAGUCCACGUGAAUCAAGACUUUCUCGGUACCUUUUUCGACCCUGAAGCUCGGCUCAGUUGCCCGGUUCAAGAAGGCGAAUCCGGCACAAUCGUCAUCCGCUAUUCCGAUCAUGAGGAACGCGUUCUUCUCUCCAGUUCAAAUACAGGAAGUACGGAAACUCUAUCAGUGGAGCUUGGAAUCGAUUCAGUGCGGCUCUACCGCAGAGACGACAACCGAUUGGUGGUUGCGAGGCGGAUUGUGGCGUCCGAGAAGUCGGUGAAAGGGGACUAUACAGGAACCUACGAAUGUAAGGAGCUGGAAUCGGUCUUCACAUGUAGUGGGACAGGUGAUAUGUUAUACGGCUCUUUUCAAGGCUAUUUAGGUCAUGGCCCCAUGCAUUUGAUGCGUUAUCUUGGUGAGGAUAUCUGGGUGCUUGUGUGUCCUCGGGGGCUCGAUGCUCCCGCUCCAGGGAAUUGGACGCUUGUUUUCCAUCGCGACGGCGACGGAGCAAUCACCGGUGUCACGAUGGGUUGUUGGCUUGCGAGAAAUGUCAAGUUCGAUAAAUGUUUCUAG